CUCAACCACCUUAUUACAAUCUCACGUUCGCUGCAAGUGCUGCGCAUACCGCGCACUGCGACAAUAAUUAUCUAUAUAAUUAUAAAGAACAAUUCUGAAGCUCAACCAAGCGAGCUCAACCGCCACGAUGGCUACGCCCACUCCGUCCACCAAUACGCCGCAAAAGCAGCUCCAUGCAUUCUCGUCUCCGGCUCCGCGCAGUGUACCUCCCAUGGUCAAUUUCGAUUCUCCGGCCGCACUCGGGCUUCUGACGGAAGGUGGCGUGGGGAUGGGCAUAAGCAUGAGCGGACUGGGACUGGGAAUGACUGCGAGCGCAUUGGGGCGCGCUGACGAGGAAGAGCGCCGGAGAAGGCUGGAGAGUAUAAUAUCCAUGCUUAAGAAAAAGCCUGGGAGGGUCAGUGAAGAGGGAAUCAUGAGGCUUUGCAAGCAGGAGAAUCUGGAAGUUAUGCCGGAAGGGCCUCCGCAUUCGAGGGUGCUACUUCUUCUCAUUGGUGAUGAGGCAAUGUGUGAGGUUCCGGUCCGAUUUGGCGAAGUGGUCGUGGAGGAAGUGAAGCUCGCCGUGAACAGUGAUCGUCACAAUUACUCGGAAACAGGAUCGACUGUGCUUAGGAAUAGCUUGCGACCUUUACCAGGAACUACAAAGAUAAACCUGACGUUGGAUCGAUUCUCUAAUAAUCUGGAGAAACUACUUCGCAUGGAUAAGCUCAGUGCCCCCAAACAGGGUGGUGUCAGUUGUUAUCAAGCCAUAUUUGGUGUAUACGAGAGUCUUAAGAAGCUCUUCGAGCAUGAAAAGAAGAUGGCACUAACCCUGCUCGAUGCGAACUCGUCCCAUGCAAGCCAUCAAGCUGAAAGGGAAGUGCUGUGCAAGAAGAGUGGUCGACCGCGAAUCAAUGCUGGUACUUGCCUGGGCGUGUCACUCGAAUACUGGAUGGAUCGUAGGCACAUCAUUCCUCCGCCCGGCCAACAAGCGUCAAGCUCGCCCAAAGGGAAGGAUGCAAUGGACAUCGAUUCCGAGAGGGCACAAGCAUAUCCCGAGGACCAAAACCCUGAAACAAACAAAAUCUAUUCAUUGACUAUUGAAUGUGAAUCUUCUCCUUCGUCCAUGUACUCGCCGAUCCGCAUUUCAGAUGCAUGGAUUUCCGACGCGAUAGAAAAGGCACCAGGCACUUCCGACACAGACAUCAACAACCUUCUCCUAAACCAACCCACACUCGACUGGCUUGAACCUCCUCCUACAUAUCUCCCACCCCCAGAGUCGGGGGACGAUCACGAUGCCAUGAACAUUGACGCGGCGCCAGGCCGUCUCCCCAACAUCCGCUUCGUCGCCAAAUUUUACCCUCCAUUGACCGUUCCUUUGUCCGUCUAUGUCAGCAUGCUUCAAUCCGUAGGCCUAGAAGUGCCCCACGCAGAUAUCCGCGCCACCACAUAUGUUGGCCUCGUGCUCCGUCCGGGCGACCCAGAUCCAGGCCUCACAGGUACUGCCGGCGAGACGACGCAAGAGAUCAAGUCAACCCGAACGGUUCUCACGUUCGACGAUUCAGGUGCGGAAAAGCAUACCACUCACACGAACUCUCUCUACGUGCCCAAGAUAGAAUACUCCCGCACCAUUGACGCUUUACCGUUCCAACAUCCACGCCAACUAAUCGAGAUCCUACCGAUACUACGACAAUACGCAUUCACCACCUCACUCCUGCAGAACACUUUCGGUGCCAACGACACCAAGGAGGGUAAACAUCCCUCCAAAUCCGCCUUGGGGACACCUCUUUCACCACCACAAACCCCGCAGGCUCAACCCUCCCAUCCCGAGACUCCAGUCGACAUCACCCUUUCCUACUCCCCACCUGCCCCACGAGUCCGCCUCGACGUCCCUCACCCUCUAUCCGCCCUCCCAUCACCAUCAUCCCUAUCCACAAGUACAUCCCAAACCCAACGAGACCAAACGAACCCUCUCUCACUCUCCAACCUCGACCUCAACGCCUCGCCAGACGCCCUCCUAGAAGCUCUCCUCAACCCGCAGAUCCCCACCACCAGCACAACCUCGACCGCAGGCCCUCAAUCCCACUACUCCGCCCUCGGCGUGACCCUCGACGUCCUCGCGAACGCCGAACUCUCCAUCACGGAACAAAACGUCAUCACUUCCUCCUCCUCGUCCACAAACUCCAAGAGCGGUGCGGCAAAGGCUGAUAAGGACAGCGAGGCGGCAAACAUGGGUUUGGACACAGGGCAUGGCGUCGACGUUAACAAGGUCAAGAGGGUCGCCAGGGCGUUGGACGUCUGUGGCGACAUUGGCAUUUGGGCGGAGUGGGUGAGGAGGGAGGCUGGGAGGUCCGCUGCGUCGUAGUGUGGCGAGAGUGUUGAACAUGACUGGGAUUGGAAAGGCGUUGGCCUUUUGGAGAAUUUACUUGGCUUAGAUAAUGUGUGUGGCCAUUGAGUUGGAUGGAUGGCUGGAUGAACGAAGAACAAUAUCCCGGUAUUGGAAGGAGAGAGAGUAUAGAGAAAUGCAUUUGGAGUGAAGCAUCUCCAUGAUCUAUAGAAUAGCGGUGAACAACACAUGCGAUAUAGCAACUGUGAAACGAAAUAUCAUAC